GCUGCCCCCCUCAUUCCAGGACAUGUACCGCGCCACUCGCGGUAGGGCUCAGGGAACCGCAGCACAGGACUCGCAGCAUCGCCACAAAGCUGCGCGCACGGCCGUCAGCCGACGGCUCUCGGCUGGGAUCAUUAGAGACUCGGGCUCGCAGCGUUGGGAUGUAAGAACCUACAGAUCCGCGGAUUGAUUAUUCUGAGACUCUUUGUAUUUCGAAUCUAGCCUUGGCGACAAUGGAUUACUUCGCCUUUCUGUGCAGCUGCUUGCUCCCGCUGGCCCUGGCAGUAGAAGAAACGUUAAUGGACACAAAAUGGGCUACAUCAGAGUUGGCGUGGACAUCCCAUCCAGAAACUGGGUGGGAGGAAGUCAGCGGCUACGAUGAGGCCAUGAAUCCAAUCCGGACCUACCAGGUGUGCAAUGUGCGGGAGCUGAACCAGAACAACUGGCUACGUUCAGGCUUCGUCAUGCGGCAAAGUGUGCACCGAGUUUAUGUGGAAAUUAAGUUCACUGUCAGGGACUGCAACAGCAUUCCCAACAUUCCUGGUUCUUGUAAAGAGACCUUCAACCUCUUUUACUAUGAGGCAGACUCAGACUCUGCGACAGCUAUGAGCCCUUUCUGGAUGGAGAAUCCUUAUGUUAAGGUGGACACUAUUGCUCCAGAUGAGAGUUUCUCCAGAUUGGAGUCUGGCCGAGUCAAUACCAAGGUGCGAAGCUUUGGCCCACUCUCCAAAAAUGGCUUCUACUUGGCGUUCCAGGAUUUGGGGGCAUGUAUGUCCCUUAUUUCAGUACGAGUCUUCUAUAAGAAAUGCCCAACCACCAUUGCCAGCUUUGCUAUGUUCCCAGAGACUGUGACAGGUGCAGAAGCCACAUCAUUAGUUAUUGCUCCUGGAACAUGCAUUCCCAAUGCCUUGGAGGUAUCUGUGCCCCUCAAACUGUACUGUAAUGGUGAUGGAGAGUGGAUGGUUCCUGUGGGUGCCUGCACCUGUGCAGCUGGGUUUGAGCCUGCAGCCAAGGAUACUCAGUGCUUGGCUUGCAUCCCGGGGAACUUCAAAUCUCGUCAGGGAGAUGGACUUUGCAUACCUUGCCCCCUCAACAGCCGGACGACUUCAAAUGCUGCUACCAUUUGUUCUUGUCGAAGUGGUUACUUCCGGGCAGAUAGUGACCAGCCUGAGAUGGCUUGCAGCACUGUACCGUCACCCCCACGUAACGUCAUCUCCAAUGUGAAUGAGACCUCUGUGGUACUGGAAUGGACUGAGCCACAGGAUUCAGGAGGCCGGGAUGACCUCCUAUACAACAUAAUUUGCAAGAAGUGUGGCACUGAGCGGGGGUUUUGCACCCGUUGUGAUGACAAUGUGGAGAUCUCACCUCGUCACCUGGGCCUUACCGAAAAGAGGGUGUACGUGUCCAACCUGCAGGCACACACACGUUACAGCUUUGAAAUUCAGGCUGUCAAUGGGGUGUCCAGCAAGAGCCCACACCCACCUCCAUUUGCAGCUGUGAAUAUCACCACCAACCAAGCGGCCCCUUCUGCAGUUCCCACUGUUCACCUGAUGGGGGCAACAGCAAGCACCAUGAGUCUCUCCUGGAUACCUCCUGAGAAGCCCAAUGGCAUCAUCCUGGACUAUGAGAUCAAAUACCAUGAGAAGGGUCACCCAGAGGCCAUUGCUCACACAGUGACCAGCCAGCAUAGUUCCUUCCGUGUUGAGGGCCUUAAAACAGGCACUACAUAUAUGAUUCAGGUUCGAGCCAGGACGGUCGCAGGGUAUGGCAAAUACAGUAACCCUCAGGAUUUUAGCACCAAUCUGCAAGCAGAUGACCCCGCCAAGAACAUUCAGGAGCAGUUGCCUCUCAUUGUGGGCUCUGCCACAGCAGGUCUAGUCUUCAUUAUUGCUGUGGUGGUCAUUAUCCUGGUCUGCUUCAGGAAACAACGGAAUGGUUCUGAGUCAGAGUAUACAGAAAAACUGCAGCAGUACAUUACCCCAGGGAUGAAAGUAUAUAUUGACCCCUUCACUUAUGAGGACCCCAAUGAGGCUGUCCGUGAGUUUGCCAAAGAGAUUGACAUUUCCUGUGUGAAAAUAGAGGAAGUCAUUGGAGCAGGUGAGUUUGGUGAGGUUUGCCGUGGUCGUCUGAAGCUUCCUGGUAGACGGGAGAUCAUUGUGGCCAUCAAGACUCUAAAGGCAGGCUACACAGAACGUCAGCGCCGUGAUUUCCUGAGUGAGGCCAGCAUUAUGGGCCAGUUUGACCACCCCAAUAUCAUUCAUCUGGAGGGAGUAGUGACCAAGAGCCGGCCAGUCAUGAUUGUGACAGAGUUUAUGGAGAAUGGGGCUCUGGAUUCCUUCCUGAGGCUGAAUGAUGGCCAGUUUACAGUAAUCCAGUUGGUGGGAAUGCUGCGGGGUAUAGCAGCUGGCAUGAAGUACCUCUCCGAUAUGAACUACGUUCAUCGAGACCUGGCAGCCCGUAACAUCCUGGUCAACAGCAACCUUGUAUGCAAGGUGUCAGAUUUUGGACUCUCUCGCUUCCUGGAGGAUGACACUACUGACCCCACCUACACCAGCUCUCUGGGGGGCAAGAUCCCAAUUCGUUGGACUGCACCAGAAGCCAUUGCUUACAGAAAGUUUACAUCAGCCAGUGAUGUGUGGAGUUAUGGAAUUGUGAUGUGGGAAGUGAUGUCCUAUGGAGAACGGCCAUACUGGGACAUGUCCAAUCAAGAUGUUAUCAAUGCAGUAGAGCAGGACUACCGCCUGCCCCCACCUAUGGACUGCCCCACAGCUCUACAUCAGCUCAUGCUCGAUUGCUGGGUCAAGGACAGGAACCUACGGCCAAAAUUUGCUCAGAUUGUGAACACACUUGAUAAGCUGAUACGCAACGCUGCCAGCCUGAAGGUCAUUUCCAAUGUACAUUCAGGGGUGUCCCAACCUCUUUUGGACCGAUGUGUCCCUGACUACACAACCUUCACCACUGUGGGAGACUGGCUGGAUGCCAUCAAGAUGAGUCGCUACAAGGACAACUUCCUCAAUGCUGGCUUUGCCUCUUUUGACCUGGUGGCCCAAAUGACAGCAGAAGACUUACUGCGGAUAGGAGUAACACUAGCCGGACACCAGAAGAAGAUCCUCAGCAGCAUCCAGGAUAUGCGCUUACAGAUGAACCAGACGUUGCCCGUUCAGGUGUGAGGCAUAAGUACGUGUGUGGCUCUGGGCACGCAGGACUGCACUUGCAUGCGUGUCCUUCUGUGUGUAGCUGAUGUUGGCUGAUAGACACAUGCAACAUUCCCGAAUGGCUGCAGGCUCCAUUGAAGCUUCAGAGUGGAUGGCAGGGCAUGGACCUUGCUACUUGGAAGUCGGCUCUUCAUAUUGAAGAGGACAACCAGAACUGUGCCAUCACCGGGCUCAGUGACCCUCUUGCCUCGCCUGGUGUUGUGCCCUUCUCAAUGGCUUGUGGAUUUGGAACUGUUACAGUCCAAUGGUAUUUCCACAUGAGCUAAAGAGACCCUAGAAGUCUGAGUCAUUCGAUGGAGUGAACAAUGCAGUGGAGGAGUGAGAGUGCUUCAGCAAGAGGGCAUUCCAAGAAGGCUGCGGACAUGGUCAGUGGAGAAAUGAGUGUCAUAAGGCUGAUCCUGCCAAGCCUUUUAACAAGCAUGUAUUGCAAGUAGGGCAUCAAACAUUUAGAUAAAUGUCCAUGUGGCUGAUCCUGCCAGCAGAGUGGCAAGUGUUUAGGAAUACUCCAAUAAGUGGAUCAGGCCAGUAUGGCAACAAGCAUUCAGCCAAAUGUGCCAAAGUGGCAGCAACAUUUUCAGCAAAUGUGCCAUGAGAAUGAUCCUGCAAGCGGGAUGGCAAGCCUUUCAAAACAUGUGCCAUGAUGCGCUGGACUUCUAGUCAAGAGUUAAACCUGGCAACUAGGCUAGAAAUUGGGUGACCCUACGAGCCAGUUGGCAAGCAUUUGGAAACGUGUGCCACUUGGCUGAUUCUGCCAGCUGGGUGUCCAGCCUUGAGUAUGCUUGAGCAGCUGCUGCCAGAACUGAAUGGUCUGCAGUGACAAUUGCUGCUUUCCUUCCUUAUUUUUACCCCUGGCAGUGCUUGAAAACCUGGUUGGACCAUUUUGUUUAUCUUGAGUUUUUUUUUUUUUUGAAGAUUUGCACUUUUUCAUCACAUGCAUGUGUUUGCAUCUGAACGAGACCGUUGCACCUGUGCUGCUGCCUACUCUUCCCGGGAGGUGGGGGGAGGGGGUGUCUUUCUGCCAUAGUAUGGUGGUAUCCCAGUUGGCAGCAGCUGGUCCAUGGUAAGGAAUCUCAACCUCCAUGAGCUUUUCUAACCUCUAACAGUCAGUGUAAAUAAAGUAAUAAUAAUAACAAUAAUAAUCAUAACUACACACAAAUAUGCAUACAGGGCCACUUUUUUUUUAACUCAAACCUUCAAAAGCUGGCAUUUCUAACAGAAAUGGUGACACUGUGUAUAGUUUUGUAUUGAGGGGCCUCCUUGGCAAUGAGGGUAAGCAGCAGAGUGGGGUAUGCUGCACUGGUGCUGAGAUGGCAAUAUGCACCUUACUAUGCAAAAGGUCAGUCCACGAAGUGCAACUAGGAACAGCACCAAUAUCCAUGCAGCAUCACUCACCCCACCACAACAAGCUUUAAUUUAUUAUGCGUGUUCCCAAUUUGCCCAGUGCCCUCCAUAACUAUCCCAGUGCCCCCUUCACUCCCUGCUUGCUCUGCCCCUAGACAAUGUGGCUGUUGCCAUCUGUUUUGCUCUGCUUCUCCUCUUGUCUCUUUCACAGAUACCAGUACUGUAACUGUACAGGACAAUUUUUGAGAUGUAUUUAAUGAUGAAGAAAUGAUGCUUCUUGUAGAAAUAUUUUUAAAAGCCCCUUUUGCAAUUAAAUUAUUUAAGAAAUUUAUGAUAA